GAGUGAUUUGCAAAUGCUCAUUGACAGUUUGGUGACACGUAUCAUUUAUCAAAAUUUCCAUGUUUAAAUGAAUUUUUUUGUUUUUUUUUCGAAUAAUUUUCCGGUUACAUAGAUUUAUGGGGCGGGUUUUUGAUAGAUUAUUUUUAUUUUUUUUUUUUCUACGAAAAGAUUCUCUAAAUAAAAUAUAUAAAGCAAAAGCUAAUAAAUCUAUUUAUAAAUAAUUUAAUAGAAUUCCUUUUGAAAAGGAAGAAUUUGAUUUUUUUGCUCCGUCAAAAAAAUUCUCGAACAAUGGAAAGUUCGGGGGGAUUAACCGGGAGAAAUUGACUAUUUUUAUUAUGCGAGUCUCCUCUAAUCCAACAAAUUCUACAACACGAGCUCCUUCUCCUUCUCCCUUUUCUUCUGUAAUACAACAAUUAUCUCGUUCAAAUACUUUCGCAACCUUGAUUCAAUCACUAAAUAAUAACAAUUCGUCCAGUAGGAGUGACGGGUUGGACGAAAUAUUUAACGCACGGAUACUGCAGCAUGCAGCUACCACAAGCAGACCGACUAGUAGGGCUGGAACUUUGUCUUUACAUAGAAGAAGUUCAGCAAGGGAUCACAGAGCGAUGAAAAGGAAAUGGAGAAACACGCAUGGUACUAGUGGAGAAUUUGCAUUAGGAUUUGAAAUCGUGUACUGUGACGGUGGUAAUUACAGUCCGGCAUAUAACGUGGAUAACAUAUUAAAAAAUGAUACUGCAGUCUACUGUUCAAAGAAGAGUAACAAUGUUAACAUUAUACUAAGAUUCAGUGAUCCUAUCUUGGGAGUUAUGGAUCCGGCAUUUGUACUUUCAAAAGUUAUUGUAAAAGCUCCUACACAUGGUUUUACCGCUCCAUGUAAAGAAGGAUUAGUUUUUGUCUCUCAUGAUCCUAUAUCAAUUGAAGCCACGUUAAAGUAUGAUGAUUUUACUGAAGCUGAUUACCGAGCAUUAUAUGAAAGUGGCAACGUAGACGAUUCCUGGCCUGCAGCAUUUUUCCGAUUAGAUUCUAGAACAAAUAUGACGACUCAAAUCUUGCAACCUAAUCGAUCGGGUAAAUAUAUUUUGGUAAAAUUACUUCGAGCGGAAGGCGACGCGGAUAAUAUUGAUCUUCAAUAUUUAGGUUUAAUUGGAUUUACUGGACCGAGGUCAUUUGAUGCUGGUUCGUUGAGAUAGACUGAAAAAAUUGGUUGAUGAAAGGAAUUUUUCAUUAUUGCAUAUAUAUGUAUAGGUUUCAUUUAAUAAAAAGAAAAAUGUGCCUAUAAUGGUCAUUUUUCUUUGAUUUAGGUUAUUAAAUAGUUGCAAAAAGUAUUUAUUUUGUAUGUAUCAUCAAGUUUUAAAAUUUGUACAAAGGACAUUUUUUCCUAUUAUAUAUAACUUAUUAUUUUAGUCUACCUUUUUGAAAAGGUUAACAUUUAAAUUAAAAAUUCACUCCCCACUUUUUAUAUACAUUUUUUUUUAAAAAAAAGAAUUUAAAACAAAUAAUAAUAAUCAUAAUAAAGUAAAAGAAAAAAUUUUUUAAUAAUUU